UCUUGGCAGGUAGCAAUACACAGAUGCGCAGAGUUUGCUUCAGUUUUUUUUUAGGUUGGUCUGUGACUUAUUAAUAACGAAAUUUAAUGAAAAUUCAUAAAUUUGUAUUUAUUCUUACUGCGUCACAGACACAGUGUUUAGUUUUAAUCUACUUCUAUGUUCUGCAUCGCGGCGCCUGGUGUUUUUUGAUUCACAUCCUACCAAAAAUGACAAACGCAUUUUUGACGUAAAGUGGUAAUAGCUCUGAUUUAAUGUUUUAAAAGAUUCACUGAUUCAUUGCACUUCCUCUUUUCACCUUGGAAACUUGUGCGCGUUUGCCCGGGAGGGAGCACGUGGCCAGCGCUCCAGCAUCUGCUGUGCUGGGAAGGUAUGACCUCAGAUUUUCCCCUCGCGCUCUUUUCGCAGAGUUGGAGAUAAACUACUGCGUGGCUGUCCUCCAAAGCGGCCACCAAACCUCCAAGCACACGCGCUCUCACAGUAAACACAUUCACACCAUUAUCCACGGGAUUACCUUGUUUUCUGUGACACCUGCUACCUUUUUUUUGGGUGUGCAGAGCUUUGACCCUGCCAAUAGGGGUUCGUUUCCGACAGCUGAGAGGCAUUUGGGAAGAAAAUAACUUCUGGUUGUUUCCAUUGGAAACAUCACGUCUCAAGUUCCACUGUGAAACAUGACAGACGCAAUGUUUGGCAGUGAGAAUGAGCACUGGGUCUGUCCUAAUGACAGACAACUAGGGCUUAGAGCAAAGUUACACACAGGCUGGUCAUUCCACACAUUUCAGUCAGAGAGACAGAGGAAAGCUCAGACACUUGAGAAAAGAGAGCUGGAUCUCAUCAUGAGUGUCAUCCACCGUGCUGAACAGCUCGAGAUCAUUGAGCAACACCGGAUUGGGCGUUUAGUGGAGCGUCUGGAGAACAUGAGGAGAUCUGCUGUGGGAAAUGGCCUGUCACAGUGCCUGCUGUGUGGAGAAGUGUUUGGUCUGCUGAGCUCUCCGUCCGUCCUCUGUUUGGACUGCUGCAUGAAGGUAUGCACUAAAUGUGGAAUCGAGACUGCAGGCAGUCAAAAAAGGGCUCAGUGGCUUUGCAAGAUCUGCAGCGAACGGAGGGAGGUGUGGAAACGUUCUGGAGCCUGGUUCUACAAAGCCUUGCCGAAGCAUAUUCGUCCCAUUAAGGAUUCAAUUCUAGAUAACAGGAAGCAAGUAAUAGAAAGAAGAGAACAGCUCCCAGUGGCCAGGAGUGCACCAAUCAGCUACACAUGGGCUCAAAGCAAAGUUAACUCAAGUGAAAGCGAUGGCAGUGAUGCAGAGCUCAGUGAAUGCAGCAGUGAUAGGAAGACCUUCAUGUCUGAGACCAAUCAAAGAAGAGAUUCUGAAUCAAGUGGAGGCCAAGUGCAAGUCCCCCUGCAGUCCAGCAUCACCAGUUCAACUCAAUCCAGCUUUCACAUGGAAAACCCUUCCAGCUUGGCCAGCGAGCGAAGCAGCAGCAGUGUCAAUCCGGGUCUGGAGGAAGAGGUCAUGGACCAUAGUCAACCUUUACUAACUCCUCCGGCCCUCAGCCGUGCUGGCUCCCUGCGGAGCACCUCUACCAGCCAGAAGUCGGAGGGCCCGGUCGUGGACCCCAAACGGGAUGAGGAUGACCUGGACCAAGCCUUCGGUGCCACUGCGCUCGUGGCCAGCAAGAAAGAGGAAGAGCCAGACGUGGAAGGCUACGAUUCGGACGACUCCACUACACUCGGCACUCUGGACUUCAGCCUUCUGUAUGAUCAGGAGAACAAUGCCCUGCACUGCACUAUCAACAAAGCCAAGGGACUCAAACCAAUGGAUCACAAUGGGCUGUCAGAUCCCUAUGUUAAGCUGCACCUCCUGCCUGGAGCUAGUAAGGCCAAUAAGCUCCGCACAAAGACCCUACGCAACACUCUCAACCCUGUCUGGAGUGAGACCCUAACGUAUUAUGGGAUAACUGAUGAAGAUAUGGUUCGCAAAACACUCAGGAUUUCAGUGUGUGACGAGGACAAAUUCCGCCACAACGAAUUCAUUGGUGAAACUCGAAUCCCCUUGAAGAAACUCAAACCCAACCAGACUAAGAACUUCAGCAACUGUUUGGAGAAACAACUUCCUAUCGACAAGACUGAUGACAAGUCUCUGGAGGAGCGAGGGCGCAUCAUGAUCUCUCUGAAGUACAGCUCUCAGAAGUGUGGCUUAGUGGUGGGCAUCAUCCGCUGUGCCCAUCUUGCUGCCAUGGAUGCCAAUGGCUUCUCUGACCCCUAUGUUAAAACGUAUCUCAAGCCAGAUGAGAACAAAAAAUCAAAGCACAAGACAGCUGUCAAAAAGAAGACCCUCAACCCCGAAUUCAAUGAAGAGUUUUUCUAUGAGAUAAAGUACGCUGACCUCAGCAAAAAGACCCUGGAGGUGACCGUCUGGGACUAUGACAUUGGCAAAUCCAAUGAUUUCAUUGGUGGAGUCUCUUUAGGAAUAAAUGCCAAUGGCGAGAGGCUAAAACACUGGUUUGACUGUCUGAAAAACAAGGACAAGAAAAUCGAGCGCUGGCACACGUUAACCAAUGAACUCCCUGGUUCAGGGUACAAUGACUGAGAGGCUCUCUUUCCAGUGGAUGCGCCGAUGCCCGCCCCUUUCCUACAUGAUGUCCAUGUAAAACCCAGCAGCCUGUGAUGAUGGAUGGAUCGACACUGAUUUAGAGAUGGGUGCCAGUAUCUGUUCCCACAUAACACACCUGUUCUAUCUCUUGUACCUUUCCUGGUGUUGAGCUUGCAGUCUGAUUGUGUGGCUUUUGGGCUUAUAUAAGGGUCUUUAAUCGGCCUGUGCUUGUACAACCUCAUUGAAAAUGGAGAGUAGUUGUUCCGACAACCAACAAGAGAUCAGUUCCUGUUUUCAAAUAUUUAACCACACUCUACUGCUCUCUUUCUCCGUUCUCUUGAAGUUGUAUGUGUAUUCAAAAAUCCUGUUUACAGAAAUUAGCUGUCAGUAAAUGUAUGAUUAUGCGUGUGCAUCAUGGCAGCAAAGGGGCUCUGAAAAUACACUCUCCAAAACAAUAUUGUUUACAGUCCAGAACCUUUCUGAUGCCAGGGUAUAAACUACACAAUUGUAUUUUACAGACAGAUGAUUGUGAAGAUUAUAUCUGUUGGUGGAAGUUAAAGAAUUGUAGUUCUUACAAUAGAAACUCCCAACAAAUUUGUUAAAAGAGUUUUUACUUGCCCCUUCUCCUUGUUUGUCUACUUAAUGAAUGUAAUUAACCUUUUAGUUUUAGUACUCUCACUGCAAAUUAACAGUGUGCCAUUGACAUUAAGACCGCACACAGCAGAGUUUCAUCAGCCAUUUUUCUAGAGAGAAAACAGUUUACGCAAGAACACACACAAAAGCUGAAAUUGCUCUAUUCUAGAAAUGAAUACUAUGGAUUGAUUAUUGAUUUUUGGAUUAAAAACGGUGCACAAGCCCAAUUCAUAUAUUGCAUUAACAUAUUUUACUCUAACAUUUUUCAGUCUGUAAAUCAAAAAAAAAAAUGGACUGGACAAACUGUUGUUUUGAGAUUUAUUAAUGGCAUGUUUUUGAGCAUUUUAAAGAUGACUAAAUAUAUUUUUUUAAAUACUGUGUUAGUCAUUUAACAUUUUAAUUUUGUGGCAUUAAGUUAUAACCAGUGUAUUAUUUUAACCUUUCAGUGUCAUUGCAUAUUUAGCAUGCCGUUGAUGGGUAUUAUAGAUAUUAUUACUGUAUAUUUAAGUUGUUUUUUUCUUCCCUCAUUAACAGAAGAUUUUAUUCAUUAAGGUCAACUCUAGAUAGGAGAUAAGACUUCAGAUGUUGUCCAUUUAUUAAACGCAUUGAAACUCCAAGCAGAACUGUCUACAGCCCUACAAUGUAUGUUCACCAACUGAGAAACCGUAUCUCUCUUUAACAGUUCAUUGUACAAGCCACUCCCGUGACAUUUUUGUAAUCUUUUUGCGUUUGUACACAGACUCUAUGGCAUAAAAAUGCAUGCAAUGUUCUUGGGCUGUCAUUAAAAAAAAAAAAAACUUUGCUUAAUGUUUGAUACUGCUGUUCUCUGUAAAACGAGAGUUGCUGCUCUUGGAUGCUAUAGGAAUGUCAGCCUUCCUUCUCGGACCGUUUUUGUACUUUGGAACGCUAUCGCAUUGCCCGUCAGUUUGCUCUAUUGACUGGACAUGUGACUGCAUGUUACAAAAAAUAAAUCUUGUCUUGUUUUGAUCA